CACCUGCCGCUGCGCCCCAUCCUGCGCCCGCGCAAGUACCCGAACCGGCCCAGCAAGACGCCGGUGCACGAGCGGCCAUACCCGUGCCCGGCUGAGGGCUGCGACCGGCGCUUCUCCCGCAGCGACGAGCUGACCCGGCACAUCCGCAUCCACACCGGGCACAAGCCCUUCCAGUGCCGCAUCUGCAUGCGCAACUUCAGCCGCAGCGACCACCUCACCACGCACAUCCGCACCCACACGGGCGAGAAGCCCUUUGCCUGUGACUACUGCGGCCGCAAGUUUGCCCGCAGCGACGAGCGCAAGCGCCACACCAAGAUCCACCUCCGGCAGAAGGAGAGGAAGAGCGGGGCACCCCCGGCCUCGGGGGGCUCCUCCGCCGCCUGCCCGGGGGGCGCCCCGUCUGGGGGGGCCCUGUGCGGCGGCAGCGGCGGCGGCUCUCUGGCCGGGGGGCCCCUGGCCUCUUGCACCUCUAGGACCCGGACACCUUGAGUAGAGACUCAAACCCGACCAGCUCCUCCAGGGCCCGUAGGGCCCUUUCCCAAGCUGAGCUGCACAAACACUACCACCGGCUCCUCGCCCCUCUCUUCAAAGCCAGAAG